AUGGGAAGCGAAACCGGAGUGCACACGCCGCCGAAGUAUCUCUCCAUCGACCACCUUCGUACUCUGCACCAGGAGCUAGUGCCUCUGCUGGACUCUGCCGAUGGCGUCUCUCUUACUGCGAGGCAGGAGCUCAGGCUGAUCGAAGUGCUCCGCUCCAUUUCCGAACUGGUGGCGUUUGGGGAGGCCGGCGAGGGGCCAGAGUACUUCGAGUUUUUCUGCGAGAAAUCCACCAUGGCGCUUUUCGUCAAAGCCCUCCGCCUGGGACCGGCGGUCAAGACUCAGGUCGUCCAGGGGGUUUCGGUCCUGUUUCAAAACCUGCGCAGCCCCACGUCGCUCUACAUGCUGCUCUCGUCGGACCACAUCAACAGGCUCAUGCAGCCGGAGGGAGGUGCGGCGGAACUACCUCUCGACGACGAGGAGUUCCUGACGAACUACAUAGCUCUGCUCAAGGCCAUCGCGAUCCGCCUGAGCAAGGAGACGGUCCCUUUUUUUCUCAACACCACGAAAGGAAGCUUCCCGCUCUACUCGCGAUCGAUCCCGCUCAUCGGGCACCCGGACCCAAUGGUCCGGACCUCCGCGCUAAGCAUCGCCCUGCAAGUGUUCUCCGUGAAGGACCCCGGCGUUACCGCCUUCCUCACCCGCGAGGAGAACCACAUCGGCUUCUUCGACCAGCUGUCGCGCCUCAUGCAGGACGCGUACUCCCAGGUCCUCUGCAGGAUGUGGCAAGACGUGGAGCCAUCAAGCUCGGGCGAAACCACGGCGAUCGACGGAGCAACCAGCUUCUUCCAGGACAUGUUGUACUACGUGCAGGACGUCCUCAGUGUAGGGGAUUCCCUUCUUUCCGAGAAGCUGGCGCAACACCUCCACCGCCACUUUUUCAGGCCCGUUGUUCUCGGGGCGCUAGCGGAUUCCAUGGAGGCUGAGGUGGAGACGCAUGUCCCUUGUACGGUGGGAGAUGAUGGGGAGGAGGAAGAGGCGAUGGCGGAAGAGAGAGAGUCUGAGCUCCAGCUGGCUCUGUACGCGCUGUGCCAGCUGUUCAUGCUGGCCACGGACGGCCCACUUCUCGUCCUCGUGGCGGGCGAGCUUUUCGGACGACAUCGACGAGGACAAGCAGGAGACAACGCUAGCCCUAGCAACAACGUUAGCCCUAGCAGAAUCCGAGCGGCGACGAGCAACGCCGCCGCGACAACAGCAGUCGACUCGAGAAGAAGGUCGCGGCAGCACUCGUGCGCAACAGCAGCGCAGGGGCACGUGCCGGCGGGGCAGGCGGGGGACGCCGCCGAUAGCGAGCGAGAAUCCGAGGAUCAAGCAGGGGUGGACCGCUACCGAAAGUCCCUGCUGGCUUGCGUCAGGCGGCGAAGGCGUCGACGCCACGCGGGGGAACGGGGGGGGGAGGGGGCGCAGGUGCGGCUCGCUGCCACGGCCGUCUUGUGGAGCGCCGCGAGGAACCCCUCGCCGACGGUGGCCGACAUCUUGCUGGAGGGGGCGCCGGCGCAGCAGGCGGAGGGUAGUAGACGGGCCGUUGGGACGACCAUGUCGUGGAAUGGUGGAACGAGGGGUGGCGGCGGCGGCGGCAGCAAUGGGACGACGGCCUCUGCCGGUGGGCGUAAAAGUCCUGGGUGCUUCGAACAGGUGAUGGCGUGCUUGCUCGAGGCUCUCACCGAGCCACCCGCGGCCGACAUGGUGGCCGUUCGAACCGCCGUCGCCGUCAUGGAGGAGCUUUCUGCCCUCCGCGUGUCCUCUUCGAGUCGCAGGAGAGGCAGCGGCGGCGGCGGCGGCGGUACGGGCGUCAGCAAUGGCGGCGAAAUCGUUGCAAGGGACUACAGCAUCGCGGACGUCGGCGGUGACCCUGCGGCCACUCACCCGUUGCCCCCCGGGGGGUUUUGGGCUCCUGGCAGCACUCGGCACACCAUGAAGUAUGCGGUCAUGUUGACGGACGUGUACGCCCGAUCUGCGGAGGUUGUCCUCAGCGCCACGACGCGGCUUAACCCCUUCGAGCUCCUGGCCGCCUGUGAGCACGCGGUGGAACUCCUUGCAGGCGACGAAGAGGUCGACCCAGACGGGGGGGACGCGUGUUUGUCGUCCCCCCCUCCUCGCCUCAAGGACGUCGCGGGUGCCGGGCUGCUGCUGGGCGGGGAAGAGGCGGCGACCCGUGGGGUCGGCUGGGGCGGCGGGUUUCCCAAGAGGAGGGUUGCCGGCAGCGAGGAGGGCGAUUUGCGAGCGUUUCGCGUGCAGAACUUUCUCGCCCUCCGCUCGUUGCAUCAGUGGCUGGUGGGAGAGGGCCCGCCUUCAGAUGACGGCACGGCGACCGCAAUCGCGGAUGCGGCUUCGUCUCCGAUCUGUUUCCCACCACCGGGCGCAUCGACCAGAAGACCACCGCCACCACCGCCGCCGCCGCCGCCACCGCCACCGCCGCCACCACAACCGGCAACAUCUUUUGUAGUGGGGAGUGUUCGAGUGGAUAAGGAGUUUCUAGCUCUGGUAGGGGUCAUCGAUGAUGCCGAUGAUGGGCAGAGCGUUGGCGUUUUGCUGGAGGAUGCUGACAGGGACCCCUCGAAGCAUGCGAACAGCGGGCGAGAGGAGGAGACGGCCUAUUUUCCGAGGAGCAGGAGCGGGAGCGAUAGCGCCAGCCGGACAAGCGGAGGCGCGACAGCGCCGCCGAGGCCCGGCGGGCGGGUGGAGCUCUCGGGCAAGCUCUGCCUGGCCUGCUGCUUGCCGUUCAACUGGCCGGGGACGAUGGCCGCGGAGCCUCCGGCCUCGGCCACCAGAGUCUCGACCGCCGCGGCGGCUGCGAGGAAGAGGAGGAGCGCCGCAGCUGCUACUGCUCCGCCUACGCCGGUGCCGACGCAGAACGGAGGCGGCAGCAAUAGCGGGAGGGUUAACGGCGGCGGUGGCGGCAUGUUUAGCGGCCUUCUUUACGGCCCCGCUCUCUGGACAGGAACAGCAGCGUCACCAACGAACGGGGGCGGACCCAGCCCUGGUAGCGGCGACAGCAGCCAACAACGCCGACGACGACAACAACAACAACAUCAGUUCUCCCCGCACGACCCGGCCCCCGACGAGCUGUGCGUUAUCCUUGACGAGCAAAACUUCAUGGUCGUUGUGCCGGACCCGCCGUACUCCCCCCUACACGGCGGCCUCCUCCUCUGCGUCGCCCCGCUCAAGAACGCCACGGCAAAGAUACACCCGACGAACCCCCGCGUCCUAGAGCUAAAGGUUUCCACGAGGGAGGAGGCGCAGAUGGGGUCGACGGGCGGACCGGGGCUGUUUCUGCCCGUCCCCGGGGGGGCGGCGGGGACCGGUGAUGGGGGCGGAGCCGCAGGCUUCACGGGGGCGGGGUACUUGGGGGCUUGGCACCUGGUGCUGAGCUUCAAAAACGCGGGUUCCUGCCGCAUGGUGGCGGAGCACGUGGAGGAGCGAAGAGAAAGCAUCCUCGCCUCCCGCACGGUGGGGUUGGUAGAGAUGUUCCGCCGGGUGGCGUCGAUGGCCACGAGCAACAACACCGGCGUAUUUAUUUGA